AUGACAGAUAUGGAGCAUGACCAUGAUAAAAGAGAUGCAAAACGUAAAUCAACAAUCGAAGAAGAUUUCUUUUCUUUGAGUACGCUGCAGAGUAAGAAGAAAAAGAAAAACAAGAAGUCUCACAAGUUUCAUGAUCAUGAUAAUGUGGGCCUCGAUAAAAACAUGAACAAGGAAGAGGCGAAUAUUUCGUCAUCUUUUAACCAUUCCACUGAAGAUCCUUGCAAUCCGAAAGGUUGGGAAUCUCCUAAUAGUAUAGAUGUCGAGGAUGCCUCAGCAAAUAAUUCAAGAAUAAGAACCCGAGGGAUGCUUUCAAAAAAGCAGCUCAGCGACGAUCUCAAAGACUUUAUUCCGGAAUAUGAAUCUGAUGAUUCUGAUGAUGAGACAGAUAUACUUCGAGUGGGAAUGGAACCAUUACGAGACAAUCAAGAGAAUGCUUAUAAGUUCAUCGAUGAAAACGAGCGACAACGGAAAUACGUCAUUCGAGUAGUGAGUAAAAUGCCUCGUCCACCUGAAUAUCGAAACGUCGUGAAGGCAGAUUUUGGUACCAAAGGCACUAAGUCUUUCACCAGAAUAAUUGAUGCCAUUCUUGAAUACUUUGGGUCACUUUUCGAGAAAUUUCCAGACUAUAAGACGGCUUACGAUAAAGAUAAUAUCGCAUUAAUUUGGGUCGAAGGGAAAAGGGAAAUCAAGCCAUUUUUCAAGCCUAGCACUUUGAGAAUAGUUCCUCCACCACAGCCGUUAGAGGCACCUUCUGAACAGAUUCCGUCUACACCAUUGACAUGCUUGCUUAUACCGAAACACAAUGCUUCCAACUUUUUAAAGCUUUAUCCAGAAUUUGGGGAACAAACCAAAACUUUUGAUGUCGAAGUGGUAGAUAUAGAUUCAUAUUCAGAUUCCGGGGAGAGCCUAGUAGAGUAUAGCGACCCAGAGGAAUUUAUGAGAAAGCAAAAAGGCGAGAAAAAGGAUGAAGAACCUGCUGGUGAAUACUUCCUUAUUGGUCUUAAAGGGAAGGACAACAAAAGAAUUGAAGUCCAAGUUUCUCAGUCGACGAGGAUUCAGAAGCUCUUGGACUAUUAUAUCAAGGUCAAAGGGAUUAAAGAUGCUAACUUCAGAUCGGCGAAGGUAGUAUUUGAUGACGAAGAUUUGGAUUUGGAUUCUACUGUGGGAGAAACUGAGCUUGAAGAAGACUUUGAAGUUCAGAUAUUCAUAUAG